AACAGACAUUAGGUGGCAGUACAGAAUCAAUCAUUUCAGCCCAAGAAGAAGUAGGCGCAAUGGGAGAGACACAGUUACCUUGGCGCCCACCACGGGCAUGUGACGUCUACUUGGCUGAAUUCAAACACUGUAAAAGUUUAAGCAACCGUUUCCAUCACUACUACACCUAUGGGACGUCCCCUGUCUGCCUGCAGUGGAAAGACGACUUCGAAGCCUGUAGAGAAUGGGAGAGGAAUUGCAGUCCACAUGCCAAGGAGAGUCUUCAAAAAAGUGAGAGAAAUCGAGUAUCUGAACAGAAGAACUUUCCUCCAUUUUGGGAGAUGAGAAAAAAACCACCUGCUGACUGGCAUUUACCUCUUAAUGAGGCAAAAUAAAAGCCUCAUUAGCAUUAGUAAAUUUUUUAUUAUCAUUAUUAUUUUUUAUAAUUUAUUAACCUUGUUCAUUCUCCCAUCAUUUCUCCUGUUCUCUAUGACCCAGUGUGUUUCAGUUGGGUAUAAUGAUUUCAACUGUUUUUAGUUGUACACUGAAAAUCUAAGGUUGUAUACAUCUGUGACUUUGGGUUCAUGACAUUAAAUAAAAGAGCUUGUUGAAAA